UUGUUUUUAUUAUUUUUGAACAAUGUGCUAAUAACAGAGGCCAAGACUUUCAGAAGUUGGUUCCUGGAGCUGUUAUACCUCAAGCCAUAUUUAGACAAAUGAAAAAUCUGAGCCUGCAAAAAUUCAGUAAAGUUUACAAAUGUAGCUGACAUUCCUGUAUUUGGGAACCUUUUCCAGCAGGACGAAGUGUGUGAUUUGUGGCCUACUUCAGGCAAUUUCUUUAUAACUUUUGAGUUUUGGCUUGAUAAACAUUAUGUCAAGUUUUAUCAUUUUUGCUUUCCCCAGAUUUAUUUUUUCACCAUCUUUGUACCCUGUACUUUUCACGUUCCUUUGUAGCACAGCUUGAGCACUGUAUAGAUACAAGAUAUUUUAUUGACAUUAUUUUGCUCGUUUCAAUACAUCAUUGAAAACAAAACAGAAACCAGAUAUUUUUGAAAAUCAAUAUGUUUUCAGUUACUGAAAUAAUAUCUUAGUGUGGAAAACUCUUGAGAUCAUGCUGCUGUCCUUACCAGGGGAGUUUUGUACAAAGGUCCUUUAAACAUUUGGGUUCUUGGUAUCUGUUUCAUCGAUUUGGACUUCUCUCCAUUCUCUGGUUUUUAUGUUCACUUUAUUUGAAAACAAUACUUUGUAAUGCGUAUUCCCUUACAUGCUAGGAUCUCAAACUAGCUUCCCUAACUGCCAGCAUCUCUCAGGUAGGAAGUGUUGUAGCAACUCAGCACAUCAGCAGAGUGAACUGCUGAGAGCUUUUAAAGUUACUCAGAGUAAGAAGGUACCGAAGAGAACCCAAAGACUGACUCCCAGGUCACGUAUUUUAACUGCUGAGCAGCACUAGUUUCUGGCUUAGAAACUUCUCAGCAGAGAUGGAAAGAUAGUUAAUCACAGGCCAGGAUUCUUGAAGGAUGCUGGUGCUGACUUUUUCAGGACAAGAAAGUUUGGGCAGUGAGUUUUGCAGAGAAGAAUAAAUGCCUUAGGGAAGUGCACAUGCCUUCUGUUAAAAUAGUGAAGUACCUUAAAACUUUGAAAAUAAAUUUCCCAAAUUCAAUCCUGGAUGCUUCAGGUCGAUUAGAGAUUCCUGUAGUAGGAGGAUAAAUAAAGCACUUGCUCUUUUACAGGACUGACAUGUCUAUGAAAGUACUGGAGUUUAUGUGUGCCCCUCAUGUAAGCAGAUGAAGCUCAUUAAUGUCAUACGAGUUAGCUGUACAGAUGGAGAGACAUUUCCAGUUAGCCUCAAAUAGAUUGGAUUUAUCAAAGCUAAGACUAAGUAUGGAUCAUGAUUUUGUUAAAGGGACAGUCUUUCCUCUUUAAUUAUUGUAAAGAUCUAGCAAAUUCUGGAGCCCAGCAUUAUUCUGAAACGUCUUUUCUUUCCCUCUCGGGAGCUGUUUCAGCAACAUAAUUCUUUAUUCCUGAUAAUCGCACCAAAACAAACCAAGGGAAUUUGUUUAAGGUAAGACAAAUUCUUCCUUCCCCUUCCAGCUUGCUGACAAGGAUGAGUUAGCAGAGUGAAGAAAGGACAGGGUAUCUCCAAGUGGGUGUGUCCUUGUGUGCCUCUUGGAGAUGAACACUCAGUUGUUUGGUCCAGUGACAUCAGCUCGCUUUGGCCUUGGCCCCUUAAGAGUUGCUCAAGACAGUAGGGAGUGAAUAACAGAGUGUAAAUUAUCUCACUGGAAAAGGGUGCUUUCAAUGCAGUCUGACACUGGAGAAGUAAAAUGAGCAAGCUGUGGUGUUUGACCCCCAGUCCUUAACAUGGUUUGAAUUACUGUUGUCAGCAGGAAGAUACUCAGGAUUUUUUACAUUCCUAAUUAUGUUGGAAGGACCGUCUAUUAGUUGGAACAAGAGCCUGGGAGUCAGGAUGUGGCCAUAACAUUAUAUCACUUUGACUCUUUGUGCCUCAGUUCCUAUCCUUAAUAAAAGAACUGAUGUUCCAUGUGUUUAGAGAUUCUGAAUAAACAGAAUUGUGCAAGUCAAGGGCAUGUUAUUUCUGAUGGAUUUUUACUUUUUACUGGCAUCUCAUUGUAGUUGUUUAUGGUUCUUUUUAAUAUUUCCACUCAGGACUAAAAACUGUUUGCUUUUUUUUCUUUCAUUGAAGACUCGUUCUUUGCUCAGUGUCUUUGAAGAAGAUGCAGGAACCCUUACUGAAUACACAAAUCAGUUGCUUCAGGCAAUGCAACGAGUCUAUGGUGCCCAGAAUGAAAUGUGUCUUGCCACACAGCAGCUUUCAAAGCAGCUCCUUGCCUAUGAAAAGCAGCAUUUUGCCUUAGGUAAAGGAGAUGAAGAAGUGAUAUCCACCCUCCAUUAUUUUUCAAAAGUUGUGGAUGAGCUCAAUAUUCUUCAUUCUGAACUGGCAAAACAGCUUGCAGAUACAAUGGUUCUCCCAAUAAUACAAUUUAGAGAAAAGGAUCUCACAGAAGUAAGCACACUGAAGGAUCUCUUUGGCCUUGCUAGCAAUGAACAUGACGUGUCCAUGGCAAAGUAUAGCAGAUUACCGAAAAGGAAAGAAAAUGAAAAGCUUAAGGCAGAAGUGGCAAAAGAAGUGGCAAAUGCCAGAAGAAAGCAGCACCUUUCAUCCUUGCAAUAUUACUGUGCCCUGAAUGCUCUGCAGUACAGGAAGAGAGUGGCAAUGAUGGAACCUAUGCUAGGAUAUACACGAGGACAGAUCAACUUCUUUAAGAAAGGAGCAGAGAUGUUUUCCAAACGAAUGGACAGCUUUUUGUCAUCUGUUUCAGACAUGGUUCAGAGCAUACAGGGAGAGCUGGAUGCGGAAGCUGAAAAAAUGAGAAUUUCCCAGCAGGACUUAAUUGCAGUUCAUGAAUCUGUUUACACCCCAGAUUCUGAUGUAUCUUCACCUGCCAUCAAUAGAAAUCUCAUCCAGAAGGCUGGCUACCUUAAUCUUAGAAAUAAAACAGGUCUGGUGACUACAACUUGGGAAAGACUCUAUUUCUUCACUCAAGGUGGCAACUUGAUGUGUCAGCCAAGGGGAGCAGUAGCUGGAGGAUUGAUUCAGGACCUGGAUAACUGCUCUGUUAUGGCUGUGGACUGUGAAGACAGAAGAUACUGCUUUCAGAUCACUACUCCUACAGGCAAAACGGGUAUAACUCUUCAAGCAGAAAGCAAGAAAGAAUAUGAGGAGUGGAUAUGUGCUAUCAACAACAUCUCCAGACAGAUCUAUCUCACUGACAAUCCAGAGGCAGCUGCAAUCAAAUUAAAUCAGACAGCCCUGCAAGCAGUGACUCCCAUUACUAGCUUAGGAAAAAAACAUGAAGUUCAGCAUCCCAGCCAGACUGUGAAGAAUAUGGAAAAUGACAAAAUAAUUCCCAGUGAAUCGGCUGGCAUUCAAGACUCCACACAGCUUAUUGCUCCUGGAACACCAAUCCAAUUUGAUAUCGUACUGCCUGCCAUGGAAUUUCUGGACCAAAACAGAGGUGGCAGGCGUGCAAAUCCAUUUGGGGAAUCAGAACACAGCAGCAAAGAUGAGGAGGAAGAUUCCCUGCUGCAGCAGAUGUUCGUGGUUCGGUUUUUAGGGUCCAUGGCUGUUCAGUCCGAUGAGACGUGCGAGGUGAUUUAUGAAGCCAUGAGACAAGUGUUGGCCGCUCGGGCCAUUCACAACAUCUUCCGCAUGACUGAAUCCCACCUCAUGGUCACCAGCAAGAACCUGAGGUUAAUAGAUCCUCAAACCCAAGUUACACGAGCAAGUUUUGAACUCACCACUGUGACACAGUUUGCUGCCCAUCAGGAGAACAGGAGACUGAUUGGCUUUGUGAUCCACCUCAGUGAGACUCUGGGAGAAGACUCCAUGAGCGCAUAUGUUUUUGAGAGCAACACAGAAGGGGAAAAGAUUUGCUAUGCCAUUAGCUUGGGAAAAGAAAUUAUUGAGGCACAGAGGGAUCCAGAAGCAUUAGCUCAGCUAAUGAAAUCUGUGCCAUUAACAAGUGAUGGGAAGUUCAUACUUCUGAAUGAUGUGUCAGAAGAGGAUGGAACCAUGCAUGAAGGAGGGGAGGAAUCAGAAGCAUAAGCAGCUCCUGUCACUUCCUGCAGCCUGUGGGAGCAGCAUAAGCAGGGAGUCUUCUUGCAAGAAUCUCUGGUUUUCGGUCACCUGCGCACACCUGAGGCCAGCUGCCCUUUCCUGCUGGAGAGCAGUGGUGUCUUUGCAGCGGAGUCCCUUUGGAUUAACAGCCCAAGCACAGCAGGACUGACUGUGCCCUCGAGGCAUUUUGCGUUUGGGAAUGUGUAGGGUGGAGCUGUGUCUGCAGAGCUGACAAUCCCGAGGGGAGCCCCGUGCUGCUGGUGGGCAGGAGAGCACAGCUGUCAGCCACCGAGGGUUAAUGGCAUUUCUUACAUUUAUAGGGCCAGCAGCCUCUCAUUCCACUGAAAUUCGCGUGAGCUGCCAGCUCCGCUAACAAAUAUCAGGCUUCAAAUUUCCUACCAUAGUCAAUUUUCAUAGUUUGCAUUAUGUGCAUCUGAAUGAAGGUUAAAAAUGCACUAUCUACUUUAUUUCAGAUGAAGUUACUUUUAGUCUAGUUUAUGUAUAAUGAGAUUUAGCUUUUGUGUUAGCAUAUUUACAAAGCAAUUUGUUAAACACUAAAUAUUUCCUAUUAAUAUAAUCUAUUUUUAUAUUGCAUCUAGAAUAAGCUUACAAAACAAAUCUAAGUGCCUGCUCUUACCUUCCAUGGGACCACACUCUCACGUUCUGUAAUUAAAUAACGGGCAAAAUGUACCUCCUUGAUUUAUUAUCCUAAAUACCACUGAUAUGCAAACCUCAGAAGUAGGCAACGAAUGUGGCAUGUUAGCUGUGUGCAGUUUUUUCUAUGGUUAGGUUUCUUGCCAGAGAUGGUAACAGUAGGACAAAUAAGUACUUUUAUAGUAAGAAUUCUUUGUAUUUUUAACAUUGUGGUGACAUGCGACAGCUGAGUCUACCAGCAACCUUUGGUUUUAAGAAACUGAGCAAUAAAAUGUUAGAUUACAAGUCUACAGUGUAUUGACAAGUCUCAUAGUACCUUCCUGAGAUUAGACACUAGAAAGAUUUGGCUAGUAAGUUUACAUUUCUUUUCUGUCCUGCAAACAUCAGCAACAUUACUUUGCAAGAAGAAACAAAACAGACAAAAUAAAGAGCUGUUGGGGGAGGGGGGGGAGGUGUAACUUGUAGCACAGUUUAUAUUAAUCAGGAUCAGGUACCUAACUCUUCUCAGUCACCCAGAGACUAGAUUUUCCAGAAGCAGAAUCUGCAACAGUAUCUGAAAGACCCCAGCCUGGAAGUGUUUGAUGUGUAAUAAAUGUUAUUUAACUGGUUAUUGAAUUUUUAAAAGUACCAUGGAAGAAAACUGUUAGUAACUGACACAAAAACUUCUUCAUAAAUAAAAGAUGAAGCAUUCUUAUUAAAAAAA